CCUUCACCUCUGCCUUGUGAAACUUAGUUUUGUCCCUGACUCCAUCUGAAACAUGAAAAACUCCUGUGGGUGCAACAGGAACAAACAUCUGGAUAGCAGCUGUUGUGAGUGAGAGAAAAAAGAGUGGCAGCUAUAACUAGAAAGUAGUUUGAAAAAGCAUUUUGGAAUAAGUGCAUAUAACACUUGAUCUACGGAGCCUUUCAAGAAGGAGAGGACAUUGCAUUGAAAUCAUACACCACAGUCAUGAAAAAGAAGAGGAAUGAGUUGGAUGUUGGUCACCCCGUUUUCAUCUUACCAGUUUGCACUUUUCUCCUGAGCUAGUGAGGCCUGUAUAAGGAAUGUGAACAACUUCCAGCUUUACUCCAAAACUAAAUGUGAUCCCAUUACACCCCCGCUCUUGAUCAAGGCAUACGUCCCAAAAACUCCAAGAGUCAUUACAGAACUGGGAGAUAGCAGUGCUAAUUUAAUUCUUUUCCCUGUCUCUGAACCAAAAAAAAAAAAAACCAGAUGCAGUGGAAAUUCUAGAAUUGUGUAGUCUAGAUGAUGGAAGGGCUGCCUAAGCACUGAUGAGUUUUACUGGCCAUGCUCCUGAUUUGUCAGCCAUAGCCUAGUGACAUAGUUGUGGGCAGCUCAGAUGCGCUUUUUGGGUAACAUGGUCUUUCUGUGUGAUAAAAGAUUAAAAAGACAAAGAUGCAAUCAAAAUAAUUUUGAAAUGAUUAUUUACUAAAUUUUAAAAUAGAUGUAAACUAUUUAUUUCCAAGGUUCAGGAUGAUUGGUCUGGGUCACUUAAUAGGAAGAACAGCAUUGAUUUACUCUGGAGCAAGUGCAUAUUGAAGCAUGAAUGCCUAAACAAGAGAUAGAAGAUGCUGGGAAGUAAAAAAAUGACAUUUAAACCACAUACAGUAGGUCUUGUGUUUUCCUCUUAGAAGUUGCACACCAUCAUAUGAAAUUCAAACCAUUUUAUCCAGGGAAAAGAACAGUUGUUCUAAGAGUAACCCUGAAAAGAGCUUUCAGGACACGAAGCUUGAGUACAGAUCAAGCUCCUAAGAGCACUUAAACCCAAAAGAGCCCUGCUUUUUGUGCUCUGAGAACAUUCUGCAUACAAACUCUAUAAAAUCCUGCCGACUUGAAUAUCGUCCAAGCAGCUCUGAACACAGGGAUCCCUCCAUCCUCAGACAAGUAGAAUAAAUUAUGCUAUUUAUUUAUAAAUAAAUGCCUCUCAGAGGGUUGUGCCUAGUGGACCGGAUGGGGGGAAAGAGCCAGCUACUCCCACCUCCUGCUUGGUUUUCAGUGCAGUCACAGCAGCUCUAGCGUGUCGCGCGCUGCCUGCUCUGGAGCGGAGGUGGUGCCAGCCCCGGGAGCAGUGCUUGGUGUGGGGGAAACACUGAGCAGUGCUCACUGGCUCAGGGAAAACAGCUCAGGUCAGAGGUUUUCCUCUGGUUUCCAAGGGGCAUGUGCUUUGCCAAGGGCUGUGUUCCACAGGGGAAUGCCACCCUCAGCCUCAAGCAAGGAAUCUUAAAACACUCUUUCUUGGCAAGUUAAAUAACGGAAGCAGUUCCUAAAGGAUUUUUAUGGCUUAUGGAAUCUGCUACCUUUGAAUUACAAUGCCGACGGCUAUCAGCAUAAAGCCAAAGUAGAUGAACCGUUCAACCCUGAUCUGCCGAGCACCUGAAGCAGCCGAGAUGUGGCUCUGGCUCUGGCACGUGACUGUGCAGAGCUGAAUUAGAAGCCAAUAAGUGAACACAGAAAGUAAGAUGUCAAGGGGAGUUCACAGCUAACAGUGUGCAUAGGCUUGAGAACCCACCACUGAGAACAGUCACGGACCUGACCUUCUCUCUGAAAUAAUAAGGGCGCCUUUGUGAAACUGGUCUUGGAUGCCUGCAAAGCCCUCCCGCGCUCUGGUAGGGUCUGCCGGCGGUGGCAACAGCUGGCGCAGGACCGAGCGGUCUGGACACAUGUGGAUCUGAGCCCUCACCGGAUCACCCGCCGCACCCUGUGGCACCUGGUCCGCCACCGCCUCCCCGACAGCCUGUGCACCCUGCGGAUGCGGGGCACGCCCCGCUCCCUCGGCAAGCAGCGGCUCCUCUCCCCGGCACUGCUGGCUGCCCUCCGGAAGCACUGUCCCCAGCUCCAUCGCCUGUGCCUGACCGAGACAGACCUCCGCCACGUCCCUUACGAGAGCAUUCCCUCUUCUGUCACCACACUGGAGCUGAACCUCUGCGACAUUCCCGAUGCCUGGUUCUGCGUCUCCCCUUUGGUGCCACCACCACAGGUACAACACCUUGCUAUCCACAGCAUUCCCACCUUUUCUGACCAUCAUCUUCUUGACAUUUCCUCACAGAACCACCUGAAGACACUGAGCCUUUGUGGCACCUACCGCAUCACUGAUAUGGGGAUCCAAGCAGCAGCUCCACACCUGGAAGAGCUGGAACGCCUGAUUCUCCGCCACUGCAUCAUCGGUGAUGCUGCCAUGGUAUUCAUUGGGCGCCACAUGAAGCAGCUUCGCUACCUGGAAAUCAGCAAUGCCUACUUCCUGACAAACAGGGGGCUGGUUUCUAUUGCAACACUGGAGCACCUGGAGACCCUGUGCCUCGACCUCUAUGAUUUGGUCUCCCUUGGCACUGUUAUUGCUUUGUUGCAAGUGCUGCCUCGCCUGAACCACCUCAAAUUAGGCGGAACUUGCUUUGAAGAUGAAGUCCUCCGUAAAAUUCAGGAGAAUUUUCCACAUUGCGCCAUAUCUCACACUCCUUGACAACCUGAAACGUUAUCCUUCCUUACUACACUUGAAGUGCUCCUUUUUUGGAUAAAGCCUGAUUUCUUCUACAUAGUUUUGAGACAGAAUUCUCAUUGGCCUUAAAACAUUAAGUUUUUCAUGUAAAUACGUUAAGCUUGUCAUGUAAAUAAGUUUGUUACAAAAUUUUUGGUAGUGUUUCUCCCUCCUUGUUUUCCAUGGAUCGGAGGAAUAGGAAAGAUGGGAAGCACACCGAGCCUUUGGGAACCCCACUGACCAAAAACUGGCUGGGGGGAUAACUAGUUUAAACUCUGUCUUCUCCUCUUUCUCCACUGCUGAGGAUCAGGCAGCAGCUUAACGAGGGCAGAAUUCAAGGAGCAAAGUGAGGUUCCCCUCCUAUCACUGAAAAAAACAGAUCUGGCAGCCAAAAACUCAUGACUUCCAGUUCCUUCCCCUUUCCUUCAAAUUCAGAUCUUCAUGUCAGUCCCCAGAAAGAUUUUGGUGCUGGGGGUUUUCGAACACCUGGUCCCGAGAGCCAGACAUUCCAUUUGCCCACGGGCAUUGCUGUGGCUGCUGUUACCUCUAGGUUUUGCUGGGAACAUCCAUGUUUCCUCAUCACCUUUUACUGUCUGUGUUCUCUUUCUCUUCCUCCUCCUUUCCCACCCUCCCAAUAUCCUAACACCAGAGAAGUGACCAAACGUUACUAUGUUGUUAUCCUCAAUUUUAUUCUAUAUUUUAAGCAAAUACUGUAUUUAUUAAAAAAAAUUCAAGCUUUUAA